GAACAUUUUAAUAAGGAAACUAUUUACCAUGGAGUACUAUUCGUCGCUUGAUGCGUCGCAGUUAGAUUCAGAGACUCCGACGUUGUUUGAAUUGAUAUCUGCAAACCAACUAGAAGCUUUGUUAUCACCAUCUUUAAGAUAUGUCCUUGUAUACUAUGCGGCCAAAUAUCCCAAAUAUCUUUUACAACUAGCCAACAAGUUUGAAGAACUAAACUUGGCACUUCGAGUGGCCCUAGAAUGGUACUUUAUACGUUUCUGGCAGGGUCUGUUCACGGAGAAUUUCUAUGGUUUGAAAAGAGUUCGUAAAACAAGAUUAUCUCAAAAUAGCGCCAGACUCACACAAUUAAUCCCUUCCAAAAUCGAGGAAAGAAGAAGUUUAACCAACUUACAACAAGCCAUAUCUGUAUUUGAAGUCGCUGGUACGGGAUAUUUGACUGAAAAACUUGGGUAUUGUUAUGAAAGAUGGUACCCCAAAUAUAUAACUCGACAAUUAAAACCCACAGAUCCAAAUUCAAAAUUGGAUGUUUAUCGGGUUGAGUUUAAAAAGAAAUUUGUUGAAUGGUAUCCUUGGGUGCAAAGUUCUCUUCGAGCAGCUAAUUUUGUCACCAUGUUAUUGUAUUUGAGUGGUGAUAGUAAAUCGCCCUCAUUACUUACGUAUCUUUUCCAUAUGAACUAUUCAAGGUUGAAUCAGUAUGAUUACGAUAAGAAUGAUCCUGAGAAGCUUUCCAAAAGAAUAGGGGGCCGUGAUAAAACCAAACCUAAUAAAAUCGCCCCUCCAACUAAUAUUGAAUACCUUUUAAGAAUAAUAACAAGAAAUUUCACCAAACCAUCAUGGAAAUUAAUAAAGUUAGUAUUGGGUACAUUCUUCCCCAUUGCCAUUUUCUCAUUGAAGUUUUUAGAAUGGUGGAAUAAUUCAGAUUUUACUCAAAAAAUUGCCAAAAAUCUGGGGAACCUCUUGGAAUUUAUGUUACCUCCUCCUUCUACAUUGACUAGAGUUUCUGAAUUAGAAAAGGAAAAGAAGACUCAUAAAACAUACAAAUCUGGGAAAUUAUGCCCCUUGUGUAAGGAAGAGAUUACCAACCCAGCUAUCAUUGAAACUGGGUAUGUUUUCUGUUAUUCAUGUAUUUAUAAUCAUCUUGCACAGUCUCAUAAGAUAACCAGAAAAAGAGAUAAUGAACUGGACUCAGAAGAUGAAAAUGAUGAUGAGAAGAAGAAUGAGAAAGAAGUACAUGAAAGGAAGGAACUUACAGAAAUCAAAGGUGGGCGAUGUCCAAUCACCGGGAAGAGAUUAUUGGGGUGUAAAUGGAAUUCUUUGAAGGAAGAAUGGGAUGUUGAAGGUAUUAGGCGUUUGAUUUUUUAGUACUAAAUAAGAUGUCCAGAAAAUACAUGU